UACAUGUUAAUUGUCCAUGAAAGCUGACCUGGUCUAAUUUAAAAUUUGACCUUCAAAUGACCUUUUCCUCUACAUGGUACUAAUUAUAUAUAUAAGUUCAUUCUCUAUCAUGUGUUAGGAUACAGACGUCAUUGUCAGAUUUCCAUUUAGUUAUGAUGAAACAGGUAAAAGAAAAUAGUUUCUGAUAGACCUCGGAACAGCUGAAAUAAUUAUUUGUUUAAAAAUUCCACCACUGAUGGGAAUAUCCUGCCUCCAUACCAUGGAAAUUGUCAGAACUCCAAAAUUUUGAUAUAUGAAUGUUUCCAGAAUAUUCAGAAAGGAACUGGACGUUUGGGAAGAUCUUGGAUUUUUCCAUAACGGCCAAAUACACAGAAGAGAUUGAUAAUCGUUACUGACCAUGUGAUCAAAACUCUGUCUGUAGAAUGUUCUGUGUAUAGGAUAUCAGAAAUGUUAGCAAAGUGUUUUAUCCUCAAGGGAAGUCGAUCAUGUUUAUGUACAUAAAGCUGUGGCUAGAUUUUGUUGGUCGAUGCUGUUUCUGUUUUACAUCUAUUGUGGGAAAAAAGUGAAAUUGUGUUACAUGGUAGGACUGUUCCAGAGACAGAAGUGGGUGUGAAUUAUUGAUAGGGAAGAUUUCACCAGAGUGUACAUUACAGUAGACUCGGCUGACAAAUCUACCACCACCAGGCAGAUGGUGUACACCCGGAAAUGUUUACUUCAGGGUGAUCAACUUCAGGGUGAUCAACGGUCACUUCACCAGACUGACCAUCAGCUGUCCGACAAGCAGACUGUCUGUCACUAUGGUAACACAUAUUGACCAGUGUUGGAAUAAUUGGAGAUUUUAUCAACGAAACAUUUCGUCUUGGACUAAUUAAUCUAGCUGUUAAUUAUUUUGUCUAUGGAGACAGAAAAAGACAGGUGGUGAUUCUCUCAGUCUGAGUGUCUUGUUAAGGAAGCAGGUCACCAAUUAUAGCUGUCGUUGUUGUUUAUGAUUGGUCAGCUUAACGUCUGACCACAGUGACAAGAGGAAAACCGGUCAUUUUCCCAAUCGGUGCUAUAGAGACUGGAUCUUGGAAGUGAUCAUCAAGAACUUGAAAUUAAACUUGUAAUCAGUUAUAGUCAGCUUCAUGAGUGAACAAAACCUACUGUUUGGCACCUGAGUGACCGCCACAAUUGGUCAGUACAAGAUGAUCUGGGCAGGGCUGCUGUCACUGUGGACACGGAGACGGUCAAGAAAUGUAAGGGUAGACGAAGAAGAUGAACCCUACAGAAAGUCUAGUACAGCCACCAUACGGUCAGAGGGCACAGGUACCCAGUAUUAUACCAAGCAGCAUGGUGGAGUGUUACAGAUGUACGAUUCUGAUAACAGCAGCCUCGGUUCUCAGCGAAGCAGUACAGCCUCCACCUCAACUAUCCGCAUCCGACGUGUGUCGAGCAUGCUAGAUGGCUCGACACGUUUUCCCAAGCUGCAAGAAUGUGCUCACUUCCACUAUGACUUUGUGGAACUCCAUAAAAUACAGGUGUCGCUGUGUGACGAGGACCAGGAGAACCAUCACCAUGGAGAAACAGAUGUUAUGGAACGAACAUUUCUCGUCAAGACUCUGGCCAAUGAUAAGUCCUGGACUAUACGGAGAACAUUUAAAAACUUUAAGAUGCUGGACAGACAGUUACACCGCUGUAUCUAUGACAGGAAGUUCAGUCGUCUCCCAAAUCUCAACCAAGAAGAGGACACUAAUAAAACAUAUAAGGAGAUGGAGGAGAUGUUGUCCCAAUAUUUACAGAGAUUUUCUCGCAUCGCUGGCAGCAUGAUUAACUGUGGCUCGGUACUCAACUGGUUUGAGCUGGACAAUCGAGGCAACCGCUUGCUGGCGACGGAUGACUCAGGGAUCAACACACCCGCAAUAGCUGCUGCUCACGCAAUCAAACGCUAUACGGCCCAGGCCCCAGACGAAAUAUCUCUAGAAGUCGGAGACAUUGUAUCUGUGAUAGAUAUGCCCCAACAGGAGGAGACGAUUUGGUGGCGAGGCAAGAGAGGUUUUGAGGUUGGGUUUUUCCCGAGCGAGUGCGUGGAGGUGAUCGGAGACAAAGUUCCUGCAUCAGUUGAGAGUCGAAUACCAGAUCCUAACGCAAGUAAGAAACCAUUGGUUCGGAAGCAUGGGAAGUUCCUGUCUUUUCUUCGGAUGUUCUUCACGACCCGUCCAGCUCGCAACCAACUCAAACAGUCGGGAAUUGUUAAGGAGCGCGUGUUUGGAUGUGAUCUUGGAGAGCAUUUACUCAACACUGGCCAAGAAAAUACAACAGAUGUACCCCUGGUGUUAAAGUGUUGUUCAGAAGUAAUAGAGGAACAUGGCAUUGUGGAUGGCAUCUACAGGCUGUCAGGGAUCACCUCCAAUAUACAGAAACUCCGAUUGGCCUUCGAUGAAGACCGCGUUCCAGAUCUGACGACCGACGUUUAUCUACAGGACAUCCACAGUAUCAGCUCCUUACUUAAGAUGUACUUCCGUGAGCUUCCCAACCCUCUCCUUACCUAUCAACUUUACAACAAAUUUGCUGAUGCAGUGCGAGAUGAAGACAAUAAACUGUGGAAGAUUCACGAUGUUGUGCAGCAGUUACCUCCCCCUCAUUACAGAACUUUAGAAUACCUCAUGCGACAUCUAGCCAAAGUGGCUGCCUAUGGCCCUGACACCGGUAUGCAUUCCAAGAACCUGGCCAUUGUGUGGGCACCAAAUCUUCUCCGGUCGAAAGAGCUGGAGACUGGGGGUGGAGCUGCAGCUCUCCAGGGGGUGGGGAUACAAGCUGUGGUCACAGAGUGUCUGAUACUCUAUGCUGAUCUUAUCUUCAGUGAUAAGAUGCCAUCUUACUCAUCACCCGAACUCAAAAGUGCCCAGAGGAAACCUCGUCCAAAGUCACUAGCAAUAUCUACACCGACUAAACUAAUUACACUGGAGGAGGCAAGGGAGCGUGCCCUGUCCGCUAGUCUACGCCCACCGCCACAGAAGUAUAUAGAUGUCGGAGGGGGACCAGAACGCCUUCCAUCUCGCUACCAUACCGUCAUAGAUUUGCCAGGCUAUAGAAAGAAAACGCUGGUCAGUGGAAGUAACACUGUAGGCUAUGGCAAGUCAAAGAAAUCACCGAGUGGUUGGCGCUCAAUCUUCUCUCGUGGGCCACGGCAGGGCAGCAUCAAACAGAAGGGACGUAAAAACAGCAUAGGUGAGCCACUUGGUCUGAGUGAAGAUAGGAAAGCCAUCACAGAGGAAGAUGUUCACAACUGGAAGCGGCGACGUCUACGUGGUGCCAAAAGUGCAGAAUCGUUAUUAGCAAUGUCAUUACCGGGGCUUGACUGUGGUCGAAUCUCGCGCGACUUUGAGGAAUCUCUAUACAGGAUCUACUCAGAUGACGAAUCAAAACAUCCGAGUAUCCGACACAAGCGUUCCUUGUCAUCAGAAUCUCCACGAGCACUGAUGCACUCCGACCAUUCCGUGUCCUAUCCGUCCUUUAUCAUGACCGGGUCUCGCGAGGUCGGCAUUGAUGUGGAUGCCAGUGGCACUAGCAGCGAUACACCAGACAGUACACCGACUGAAAAUGGUGUGUCUGACAAUCGACCGGAGCGUAAGCAGUCCUUUGUAAGGGGAGAUAACAAACGCAAGGUUAUAACACACCGUCGAUCACCGUCAGGACCGUCAUCGCCAAGGCAGGAACAGGAAAAGGGAGCUAACUCCAGCAGUAAAAGUGCCGACAAACCCAAUAAAGCUGACCUACCACCUGGUGGUGUUCGUAAAUCUCAGGAAGGGCAAGGUGAUUGUGAUAAAUUUGUCCUACAUGUGAAAGAUGCUAACUUGUUGAAGACCGCAGAUCAGCGCAAGUCUCCGAGUCUUUUACCAAAUGUUUCACCGGAAGAAAAGCGGGAACAUGGCCGAAGGGGCAGCCGAACACCACCCAUCGUCAGGGGUCGUCUCCGUGAGGACAAGAUCAAAGACAAGAACUCCCAAGCAGAUGACGGAAAGGUGGUGACAAUAGAACUUCCGGAGAGUCCAGGUGCGAAACGGAAAAACUGGAUGGGUGGUAGUGGUGGAUCCACACCGGCUGGAACUCCCGAUGAACCACCAACUUCUCACUUUUACUACUCAAGACACCAUGAUUAUGCAGAAAUCCUAUCUGAUGAGGAGAAGUCACGAUUCGGCAUUGAAGAAGAGACCAAAACAUCUCCAAUGGACAUCUCUGGCCAUAUUGAGACAACGUUCGGUGCAGAUAAGAAAAUGUAUGUUGAUACUUGUCGCUCUGUUGGAACGCCGUCAUCUUCUCUUUCGUCGCCGACAACCUCUGAUCCUUCAUCUGGUACUUCUGAAUGUGUUAGAAAUAUUGAUGGUAAAAUUGUGAAGAUGACGUCUUCAACUGUUUUACAGCAAAGUGUUAGUGAAACAAACGAUUUGUCCGUUUCCAAGAUGUCAAAGUGCCUGAGUGUACCUGCUGACAUUCAGAAGUCUCUGGAGGACAUGACGUCCUGUACAGGGUCUCGUGACGACAUGCUCAGCUCCAUCACGAUUAGUGAAUUGUCCGCUUCGACAGAUAGUUUCGCACGUUAUGAAGACAAUCAUACAGCUGCCCGUCGGAGACGUAGUGCUUCAGUGGACAGUUUUAAUGAAGCUGAAUCUCCCCUAACACGGACAUUACGCGAGAUCAACGCACAGAUUGACAAGGCCUUUAGAAGAGAUUUGGACAAGGCCAAUCACUUACAGGAAGGAGAACGCCCCAAUAACCGGAGUCGCUCCGGAUCCUUUGACAAUAUUCCCUCAGAUUACCAAGGCGACCAUAUUGGAUUUUCGUCUCCUAACAUUAUCCCACCUCUGCCGUCAGAUUCUGGCGAUGCUAAGACUACUUUUGUUGAACGUCCAGCUGAGGAGAUUCAGGUAAUAGAGACUGCACGUGUCAUCAGGGCACCACUCCGGCCAUCAGCAGCAAACCAAACAAAACUAGCACACAUUAAUACCCAGAAUGCAUCACCAACAGGAAGUGAUAUUUCAGGAUACAGUGAAGGAGGAAAGCUAAGUCCUCGCCAGGCCAUGCAUGGUGCCAGUAGCCAACAGUCAAGCUGUCUUCCGAGUCCUAUGUCUCCUGAGGAGCGGGCUAAAUUUGGUCUCUCUGAUGAUGAGCAUCCAGUCAAAAGUCGUAACCCUGACAACAAGAUGAAACGCUCAGACUCGCGUCAUGGCUGUGUGGAAUUUGACUUGUCAGAUGAAGAUCUGGAGUUCUUGUCGCGGCAAGGUAUUCUACAGGAAAUGAAAACAAUGCGUCGUGUAAGUAAGGAUGAGACAACAUCCAGUCCUGUUCUGUCUCCCACCGAGUCUGUAAGCUCUCCUGUACAGUGGUCUCAGGAGAUGGGGUACAUGCCACAGUCAUUCUCUGGGUCUGGAUCUGCCUAUGUAGGUGGCGCCACCUAUAGUCCCGCAACUGCAAGUGAAGCAAAAGCAUGUGAAGGAUCGCCAACCACUAAGAGUCACUCGGUACAUAAAACCAAACCUCCUGCUAGGCGUGAAUUUGCAAAACUCAUGUUAGAAUCUGACCAUGAUUCGUCCAACAAGUCGUCCAAAUCCAGUCCUCGGUCACCUAGGCAACAGCCACGGUGGGAAGACCUGGCAGGGUUAAAUCAGGACUUCGGAGCUCUUCCAUCAGUCAAACAUGCAACAAAAGUAGAGUCUGUGAAAGCACAAAAAGACAAAGUCAAGGUCGAAUCUGAAUCCGCUUCUGAGGAAUUUGACAGAAAAUUGCAGAGUUUAUCUGAUUUUAAUGAUGUGUGGCGCCAGCAACUGGCCCCCACAGGAGAUGUGUGUCGGACAGUGGCAAACGAUGACCAUGUUCUUAGUUCUUCUAAUAGAUUUCGUCCACAGCUCAAAAAAUCUCAGACAGUUGGUGCCAUAGAAACGACUUUGAUGGGUAGUCGUAAACAAAGGGACAAAACUCCAGAAUGUUGUACACAAGAUCAGACUGUCACAAUGGAAAAACCUAUGAUAAAAAAGUGUUUGACAGAGUCGGACAUUCCUCAGAUACGUCAGUGUAGUAUAAUGACUCAGGAUAGCCAGAGUACGACAUCGUCAAGUGGGACGUCGGACGCCCUUACAGAAAUACACAGUAUUACAGAUCGUAUGACAGUGGAAAAACCGUCGAUACGACGCGACGAGUUAAAACAAAGUGAUAGCAAACUACCAACUAGUCAAAAAUGUGAACGCGAAGAAAAGGCCUCAUUUCCAAAACCUCGCAAAAUUCAGAAAAUGGAUUCGUUUGAUUUUCCCCGCGACAGUUCUGUGCAGGAGAGAAUGGACACGUCGGGUCCGUCAGAGGAUAGGCUCGUUGAUAAUCAGUAUAGUCAUGGUGCCACUGCUCUUAGUCAUAUCAUAUCCUCUAGUCAGUCUGAGAGUACCAGUAAUAGUUACAACACAAACAAUAUUGGAGGUGCCGGGCAUUAUAGUGAGUCGUCACGGUCAGAAAAUACUGCAUUCACCGACCGCGACCACGCCCAGCCAUUCCAAUCCAUGUUGGAGGAUAUAGACGUCAACGAGAGUUGUUUUGGCAUUCCUACGCAUCAAAACUUGUCGAAUGAAUUUAGAGAAAAAAUGAACGAGAGAUUAAAGUCCCAGUCCCAACAGAGUAGUUUAGACUCACCUAGUGUGGUCGCCAUGGAGUCGUUUGUAUAUCAGGAGCAGUCAGAACAUGAGGUCCACGUGGGAUUCGCCAGACCUGUUGUAGACAUGAGUCACAUCGAAACUGCUGCACAUUUUGAUCAAGGGGAGUAUGAGGGUGAAUUUCAGUCAAGCACACGGAUGGAGGUAGAGGCAGGCAUGUCAUCUAUCAGUCUUCCUACAGAGAACUUGUGCUCCCUGUCGCAAGGCCCUGUUGUCAUGGCAACUAACAGGGUCAUUGACAUGCUUGACAACACUGAGGAAGCUCAUCAGAAUGCCAUCAACGCUGACCUAGAACUGACCAUGUCACAGAAGUCACCAAAGAUGACACAUGACAUGGACGACUUUGACGAUGACGAUGCCUGUUGCUCAAAACUAAGAAAUAUGGCGCAUGAAGACAAUUACAGUACAGCAGAAUCUCCAUGGCAACAGAAUCUAUCCGAUCUCCCAGAGUUGCCUCCCCCUGAAAGGGAAUUUAUGGAAGUGAGUCGACCCAGUGUAAUAAAGUGUUCAAAGUCCCGCAAGAAGUCCGAGCCUCGAACAAACGUUGGUAUCAGGCGGUCAAUGUCAGAGCGAACAAAGGCUGACGAAGCACAUCUUCAGCGUAGGGAGGGGGGAUUUCAUAGGACAGGAGCUCAAAAGGCCAAGUCAGAAAAGGAAAAGAAGACUGCAGACAAGACAGGAGCAAAAGGUCAGAGGUCAGAGCGAGGAGAGACUAAAUUGGUCAUGGAAAGGAAGACAAGCUUGAAAAAAGGAAAGGAUAGCGUUAACAAUGCACAGUAUUUGGAGACCGGCGAGGCAAGCGACGCAGACACCAACGAUGAUGUUUUUGUCGAUACUAACACUUCGGCUGUACAGGAUAUACCUAAAGAAAGACACAGGUUUAACCUGGAACGUAGUCCAUUAUCAGCAUUUCUGAAUGAUCCACCAAGUCGCAGUUCUUUGGAUGAGUCCUUCCUCCAGGUGGCAUCGUCCCGUCAUGACGAUUUUUUAAGCAGAGACGAUGAAGGACAACAGGAAGAUAUUCGAUUCACUCGUGCUCAUAGAUCCACAAAGCUAAAAAGUUUACGGGAAUUGUUCGAGAAGACUGCUGGCGAGUAUGAGGCAUCACAUUUGAAGAAACAGUCAUCAUCUUCGUCUCAAGAAAAGCUGGUGUGCUUGCCUGGUGGUGAGAUAGAAAACACUGAGACUGUUAGACUGCACAGUGCGCGUAGUGCCUUUGCCGCCAGACGCUCGCAAUCACACACAGAACGCUUCGUGAUGGACAAGGAAAAUGUUUCCACACAGUUUGUUACGACAUCUGAUGAGUGGCAGAUGCCGAGAAGUCGCCGUAGUAUCUCUACUGACAUUGGAUACGAACUUGGCAGGAGAAAGGAAACAACUCGUCGUGAGCGUUCCUGGGAUCGUCAGUCUAGCUUCACAAGUGCCAGCAAACCACCAAAACACCGUAGCUGCUCACGGAAUCGCACAGCAAGUGAAUCAUCAGUAAGUGAGUCAGAGAAUCGUGUCGGAAGCUCAAAAAGUUCUCCGAAAUCUCAGCGUGAUGGAUGUUCCUCUGAUGGGUCUCCGAAGUCAAGGAUACCAACAAAAAUUCACGAUACUGGAUCACCUAAGCUUUGCAAAGAUGCUUCUCUCAGAAACUCACCUAAGACUCAGCAUUUAGAUGGGGCAACUGCCUCCCCUAAAUCUCGUAAAGGAAGUGAAUCUCCUUUUUUACAAAAGGCAUGUGACAUCUCUAUUCCCUCACAACGAAACAGACAGAGGACAGAUGAUUCGCCUAAAGUGUUACGCCGUGUUAGUUUUGGACGAAGUGAUAAUACUCCCUCCGAGGGUUCUCCAAAGUCUCCGAGGGCUUGGAGGUCACCUGGAAAUCGGAGGUCAUUGUCAAUAGAAACCUCCAUAGCAACAGUUGAGACUGUGGAGAAAGACAGUGUGGUACAAAGGAGUUCUGAGAGAACUCUGAGUCAGUCGUGUAUACUGCCUAGCUCCAAGGGGAGUCAGGGGUGUGUAGAGGAUUGGGGUGGGACAGAAGGGUGCAAUCUAGAGCGGAGAGGGAGCAUUAAAGAGCUAAGAGAGUUUUUUGAACAGAAACACGAUACUGACACUCAAAGUGCGGAAAAUUUGUUGUUAAGGUCGCGGGUUCGUAGUGUGUCACCCACACUUUGUCAAUCACAUCGCCAUGAAUCUCUAGAGACGGUUAAUGUCCGCCACAGUCUGGAACUGCCGUCAAGGGGGGCAACUCCUCCUUUAGAGGGCUCAGUCCGCUCUCAGCCAGUGCGGCUGGGCCCUAAACCAUUCUAUGGAGCUCGGAAGUAAGAUGUUCUAUUUGUUUUUACUCUCCUGUUAAGAUGUACAACAUUUUGACAUUUUUAGAAUUUUUAAAACCUAAUAGUGUAUGUUUUACUACUUAUAUUAUGACCUAGUCUGUAUAUUAUUGUAAGUAAUGUGAAGUACAGGGUCGCAUAUAGGAAUGACACCAUGCAGGGUUAAAGGUCAAGUCUCCAUUAACACAACCUCUUGGUAACAGUAACAUCAGUACAAAUUCAGACAGACUACCUCUGUCACUACCACUUCAGUAUUCCUGGACAAGCGAUAUAAAAGUUGAGAGCCUUCUGAUGAAUCUCAUAUAAAUCACUGCUGUAUACAUUAUAGGCUUCAUGCAUGUGAAGGUCAUCCUGUUAAGAUCUUUGUUUUUCUGAAAGUCACUCUUUAGAAGAGGUUAUAGCUCUCUAAAAUCACUAUUGUGUGAAAGUAUUAAGUUCUUUAGGGGUGAGGUCAGUCUAACUUGGGGUUCGUGACAUUAUACAGUAAAGACAUAUUUCUCUUACUGUUUCAUUUGGGAAGAAAACAUUUAAUUUCUCUUUUGCAUACGGUAUGUUAUGAACUGUCAUGGAGAAGUGUGCUCUAAACAAGGGUUACCAAUAUACAGAGGUUUGUGUUAAUGCAGAUUUGACCUUUUUAGGUAAAAACUGUAAAGAUGCGAUUUUAAUAUAUUUCUUGGACCUAUGUAGAUGUGACUCUAUAAAUAGAAGUCUGCUAUUACGGAGUGUGUGAUACUGAUUUAUUUUGGUCAGUAUAAAUAUUUGAAGUGCUUUCUGAACAGGUCAAAGUGCUGAUCAUCAGGAGUUCAAAGGGCAUGGUCAGGGUGAAAGGUCAGGGUAUAAAAUCUUGACAUUUUUUUUUUUUUUUAUAUAUAAAGUUAUAAAUUGCAUUUCAUGUUUGGAAAGAAAGGAAUUGAAACUCCAGUAUGUUGGUGUAUCUUGUACAAAUUAUAACAGGAGUCGAACAGUCUAGUCAUAAUGAAUUAUCUUGGUGGAUACUCAGUGUAGUGACAGUCAUAGCCAGAUACGGUACUGUCUAACGUUUGUGAGAGAUGAUGCCAAAAAGGACACAGAAAACAAAGUAUUUUAAUUUCUUUUAAUACUUUUUAAGAUUUUAGUAAUGCGGUGUCUAGCUGAGGAUGAAUGUGUCGUGUGAGGGGACUAUACUAUAUCUGGUUGUGAUUGUAGUUAUAUAGUUAUGUAGCAUUUUAUACAGCACCCUCAUCCAAUUCAUUGUACUUUUAAACUGCUGCACAUAUUCUGUUUUUAACUGAUAGAUGAACUUUAUAAUACUAGGCCCCAGUUUCUAAGCUACAUUCAUGGUGAUCAAUUCAGUUGUUUCUUUCAUUGGGUUAAGCUGACCAAUAUAAUUUUGUGUCUUAGAUUAAUCAACAUUUUACCUUUUACUUGGGUUAAGCUGACCAAUAUAAUUUUGUGUCUUGGAUUAAUCAACAUUUUACCUUUUAAUUGGGUUAAGCUCAGACUUUAGUCAUUUAUAGUUUCUAUGAUAAUUUUUUUUUUUUUUCUCUUGCUUGGGUUAAGAAGAGGAGUAUCCAGUGAUUUCGUACGUAAAGAUCUGAUUUUUAAAUUAUUAAAAAUUGUAUAGAAUAUUUAUAAAAACUUGAAAUUGGGGCCCAGUACAUAAUAUUUUGUUUUAAUCUUUUAAUUAUGUGAAAUAGAUAGUCCACAUAACGCAGCAUUUGUAAGUUUUAGAGACCUUUUACCUGUAUCUGUAUCUCCAAUUUGAAAUUUUUCAUUCGUUCUACAGAUGUGUAGCAAAAUCUCCAACAAACAAAUAAAAUGAACACUUAGUCUAUACAGACAGUUUAUUUUUAAAGUCCUUGAGAAAUUAAAUUGGUUCUGAGAAUGUGCAACAACAAUAGAUUUUUUGAAUUUGAAGAAAACUUAAUCAAUGAAUUGAAAAAAAGAUAGACAGGCAAUUUUAAUGACUCUCUUACCGUGUACUUAAAUAGGGGAUCAAAGAAAUCAGUUUAUGGAUGAGUGUUUCUUUUCAUGUAACUAACAAUUCCAAAAUAUCUAUAAAUAAACAACCUUUUUUAUGAAGGUAGUGACAAUGGUCAUCAAGUUAACAACCUAACGUCUUUGACAGAAUCAGUGCAAUAAUUACGAAGUUAGCGGCGUUGAGAUCAUUAAGUAAAAUGUAAGCAACAUCUGUCAUCAAUUAACAUCUUUUAUCAAAUCGUUCAUUAAGUUUAGCAAUAUUUGUCAUAGAGUUGGUAUAUACGUAGCAUCGGUUUUAAAAUUAGCAAGACAAGUUAGCAUUGUGACUUCCCUUGGCAGCGUUUUUUUUAAUUGUAGAUUUCAGUAAUCCUUCCUUAAAAGAUAUCAAAUCAUUCUGUACCAAAUUUUGGUAGAUUAUUUGCAUUUAUAUGUUCGGUUAAGAGAAUUUUAGUAUUUAUAUCUAAAAGAUGACCUUCAACUAUCAGCAAUAACGGCCAAUUAUGAUUACUUAAAAUUUGGUGAACACUUGAUUUUAUGAAUUUCUAACUUUGUACUUAACCGUGAGGUCCACUUAAGUUGUUGAUUCUGAACAUGAAUUCACACAAUAGUCUACAUUACACUCCAUCAGAAUUAACAUAUUUUUUCUUUACUCUGAAAGUGGUUAUUUUCUUGAGGGUUCAACUUUUCUUCUAAUUUUCGUUUUCACCUAUUGUAUUAAUACCUCAUAAAUCACAAUAAUAUUCAGUUGGGACUUUUUUGGGUCCAAAUGACCUUCGUGUAUUUAGCGUAAAAUUUUCCCCUUACGUAAAUUUCCAUGUUUACAGCUUGCUCUCACAAUUUCUCGCAGUGUUCCUUGUGCUGUACUGUAUUCUCCGAGGUGUGUGGCGGGGCCACUACACUGGGGAGGUUGAACAGAAUCUCACUUAUUAGAAAGUCCCACGCCCCUAAUACAUCUCAUUACCUGAAUAUCACUCUGUAAUUAACACAUUUUUAACGGGGAAAACAUUAUCACACAUUUCAAUGUGUAUUUGGCAAGAAGAACAUAUUUGAUUGAUGCUAUGUGCAAUAGAUGACUAUUUUCUUUUUCCCCUCACUGAAAUCAUUAAUAUUUUGUAUACUGUAUUAUUUUAAAUGCUAUGAUUGUGAAAGAGUUUGCCAGUAGACAUGUUUUCUUUUUAUACAAUUUAACAUUUUGCAAGAAAUGAUUUCUAGUGUCCAUUUAACACUGUGGAUCAAUGAAAUAAGACGCUGUUUCAGCGAAAGAGAAACAAGGAACUGUAAUGAGAUAAGCCUGUUUGUACAUUGGUUAUGUAUAUACGUAGUCCAGCCUGAUAACACAGGAUGAUGGUCAAGAUUCCCUAUAUAUACAUUUUUCCAAAAUUAUCACUGAAAAUUGCUUGUUUCCAGCAUCGUUCUUGGUGUUCAGAUAACCUCUUAACCAAGAGAUUUGGAGAUGGGCCAAUCCUUUUUCACAAACUUGUUCUUCAGCGGAGUAUACCUUAAAGGGGUCGCAGUGGCCGAGUGGUUAAGGUGUCCCGACACUUUAACACUAGCCCUCCACCUCUGGGUUGCGAGUUCGAAACCUACGUGGGGCAGUUGCCAGGUACUGACCAUAGGCCGGUGGUUUUUCUCCAGGUACUCCGGCUUUCCUCCACCUCCAAAACCUGGCACGUCCUUAAAUGACCCUGGCUGUUAAUAGGACGUUAAACAAAAACAAACAAACCAAACCUUAAAUUCAGUUAGACUGGAGUCGUGUCAUUGUCUCGGGGAUCAUUUUGGAGGGGGUCAUUGGCCAACAAUUUUCCGUAAUUACCCACAUGAUUCAGAAAAAUCCUUCAAAUUUCUAUAAAUGGCCCAUAAAUCAUAUAACAGAUAGUUCUUUUCCUUGAAAAUGACCAAUCCAUUUGGUAACCCAAAAUAAUCCCUGUAGCCUGGAUGGAAGUUUAGUUUACAGCCGUGAUUUACUCACUGUAAACAAAUACAAUGUUAAUUUUUCAAAAUAAAUAAAUUACAAAAUAAUUUGGGUAUAAAUGUUACAUUUUAUCAGAAAUACAGGGUUAUAACUGGCCUGGUAUGUUAUUGUGCCUUUGAAUUCCAUGUUUUCAGUGUAAUAUGAGUUCCUUCAGGGGAGAUAACUUGUUUGCGUAUAUGUUCCAGUAUAGUAUGUACUAAACGUUAUUCAUGAGUUGAUGAACUUAUAACUGCCAUUUCACGUCCGGCCUCGGCUUCACACACUGAAAAAAGCUAACAAUUGCUUAAUAUUAAAUAUUGUCCCAUAUAUAUAUAACAUUAUAACUAAUGUACACAUUCAUUUUGUUAGGGAAAAAUGUUUUGUGUGAUUUUAAUAACAGGUAUACAAACAUUUACAUUGUAAUACUGAUUUCAUCCUAGCGGUUCCUCCUCUUCCUAUUACAACUAAUAUAUGCAAUAAUAUGUUGACAAUAAUCAUUAUAUACGUGUGUUUUGUCGUAUGAAUGUGGGCCAGACAGUGUAUGGAAAUGGACGAUCUAUGGAUUUCAGGAUUCUAGUAGUUAUAUCUAAAAAAAAGAAAAAUGGACGACCUAUGGAAUUUAAGAUUCUUGUAAGCAAUAUCUAAAAGAAAGAAAAAUGGACGACCUAUGGAAUUUAGGAUUCUUGUAGAUACAUAAAAAAAAAAAAAAAAAAUUAUCCACAAUUAAGCUUAUCGCCAUCAAUUUAAACCAAGUUUAUUUUGAGAAGAACUGCUAGCCAUAUCCCUUUGACAAAACAUUUUGUUUUUAAUAGACGUUUUUAUGACUCUUACUACUUAGGUCAUUGUGUUACUUAGUGCGUCAAUUUCAUUAUAUCGACAGGUUCAGAGUUUGAUAUUAACUAUGUUGAUAGACUCGUGUUUAAAAAAUAACACUUGCUUAAUCUAGUGGUUCAUUCUCUAUUUUCUGACUUUUUUUUUAAACAUUAAUUGUGAUUUCUUAAAUAAUGAAUCUGCUUAUGAAAUUUGUUCUUUAGGAAUAUAAAUAUCAGCAGACUUAGCGGGCGACAAUCAGCAGUCUUAAUUGCCUGAUAACCAGUAUUCUCGAUACCAGUAUUCUCAACAAUAUAGGCCAAACACAGGUUAAAACUUGCAACUUACUUAAAAAUAGGGAAUUACCUCCCUUUAAUUUUGUCGAUAAGAAAGUCUGGAUUUGUUGGUUGUGCAAAUUUCUGUACCAGGUUGGCGCAAUAACUAUUAUCAUAAUGUUAUCUAUAUUCUGAAACUUAAUUGUCUUCUACAAGACAAAUACAUCUUUACUUCAACCAUGAGAUCAGCUGGAAUAUUUGGGGGAGCGCAAAAUCGUGUCAGAAAAUAUUAACAAGCAGGCAAAAGUAAUGGGGUGAUGGAUGCUGUCAGACUUAAUGGAAGGAGACAUUAAGACAUCGGUGGACAUAUUCUAGUAAAAAAGGAGAUAAACUAAAAAAUGAAUUUAUAGAAAUUAAAUUGAAAAUUGGGCCAAGUUUAUCAAUAAUAAGCAGCUAGGGGCCAUGAAAAUGACUAGAAAACAGGGAUUAAGAUCGACGGAUUAGAACAGAUUAAUGCUAAAUAGUGGGAGAAGGGGGUGGAUUAUUUAUACCAAUGUGAGCCAAAUAGGGUAAUAGAUCUAGUUGUAUAGGAACUUAUGUGCCAAAUAGUUUCAGAAGACUGGAAUAUGUACAGACAGACAAAUAAAAAUGGAUUCAUAUAGGUAGUAGAUGAAUGAAUUUGUGUAAUUUGGUCAAUAUGAAGAGACGAGGCUAGUGUUAAAAUUUGACAGCAAAAUGAAAGUAAAUUUUGUACAGUUUUGUUAGAAAGUAACAAAAUAGAGUAAGUUUAAGUCUGGAGGAAAAUUUGGGGAAAUCAAGAGUAUGGAACAUUGCCAAAUGAGGGAAUAAGACUGAAUUUGUGAAGUAUGGUGUUGUGAGAGUGACAUUUUUGUCGUACACAUUGUAGAUUUCCCAUAGUAACACAUGUGUAUACAGGGGUUUUAACUGUGACUAUCAUGUGUUUUAAAUCGUUACACAUCUGUUGACUGGUCACGUAACCAUGUUUGUUUGUAGAAAUAAUGUUCAGAUUGUAGCAUAAUAUUUAUUAUUUACUGAAUAUCAUAUAUAUACAUAUAUACAUCAUCACACAGUACCGACACAGCAACACGUGUCACGUGUGUGAUGACGCUCAUACUCAAUAAAUCAUCUAAUGAGUAAAUA